CGGAGAUGAUAAUCUAUCCAAACCAAACCUUGGACUAACUUGACUCACCUGGCGGCAGCGUGAUUGUUUGAAUGAAGAAAGGCAGAGAUUUACUUAAAACCCUGUGCAAAAGCAGCCGGCAGCAGAUGAAUGAAUCAGAACGUUACAGCUUCAAUCCAAGUCUCCAUUGGAAUCCUGAGGUCCAGGCCUACUUGGUUAACGCUUACGGUGCUCACCACUUCGCUCGAAUCUCCAAAGCCUUGACUCAGCCGUCUUGCUAUUCUUGUAUUCGUGUCAAUACACUUAAGACAACAACUGAUGCAGUUAUAGACAAGCUUUCCAAGAUUCUACAAGAAACAGGGGUACCCAAUGAUGUUGGGAAACAUAAUGAUCUUUUCAAGGCCGACGCACAAAUAGGCCCCAUUUUCAAGUGCCAACUACCUGGGCUAGACUAUGUUUUAUUUGUAAGAGGUUCGGGUCCCCAUGAUAUAUCAUACCAGUUCACAGAGGACAGACCUCUUAAGGAGGUUAUUGUGAGCCGUAAAUGUGCUGAGGCAGUUCUUCGAGGUGCUCAGGUGUUUGUUCCUGGUGUACUUGCCUGCUCUGCUCAUGUUGAAGAAGGGGAUGUAGUUGCUGUUUCUGUUGCUCUGGAACAGUCUACCUCUGAGGGUAAAUGGGGUACUGGUAUAACACGUGGGACUGUAAUGCAGGGCCUUCAGACAGAUCCUCACUAUAUUGAGCGCAGUGGCCUGUAUAUUGGUCAAGGGAAAACCAUGAUGUCAAGGGCUGGAAUUUUUCGCGCCUUGCAGGGAAUUGCUGUGGAUAUGAAUGAUAGAGUUUAUAGACUGCCUUCUUUUAAUGAUGUGCUUGAGGGGGAAAUUUUUCUUCAAAAUCUCCCGAGCAUUAUUACAGCGCAUGCUUUAGAUCCUCAACAAGGAGAGAAAAUAUUAGAUAUGUGUGCAGCACCGGGUGGGAAAACAACUGCAAUUGCAAUUCUUAUGAAGGACAAAGGAGAGGUUAUUGCAGCUGAUAGGUCUCACAACAAGGUGCUUGAUAUUCAGAAGUUAGCUGUCGAAAUGGGUGUUCAUUGUGUAACCGCACAUAAAUUGGAUGCUACAAAAUCUGUGCGUCUAAAAGAUCAAAGCAUUGAUGAGGGUCCUUGCUCCAAAGAGGAUACAUGUCUAAAUAUUCAAAAUUCAGGGGAAGAGAGCUUAAAGACAAACACUUUAUCUACCGAUGUCCUACAAGAUAUGGAAACUCAAUCACAUCAUGUUAUUCGUGAGCAAGCAAAAAAUGGGGUUUAUACAAGCAAAGCAGAGCAACGGAAGAUUGACCGAAGAUUGAAAAAUGGGUCUGGAAGAAAAUCUAUAGGAGAUAGAGUUGAGAAGUCAAAAGGUUUUGCUCCUGAUAGCUUUGAUCGAGUUCUUCUUGAUGCUCCAUGUUCCGCUCUUGGCCUAAGGCCCCGACUAUCUUCUGGAGAGGAAACAAUAGAAUCAAUGAGGAAACAUGCCACAUAUCAGAGGCGGAUGUUCGAUCAGGCUGUUCAGCUUGUUCGCUCUGGUGGAGUCAUUGUAUAUUCGACGUGUACUAUAAAUCCCGGUGAGAAUGAAGCAGUUGUCCGCUACGCACUGGAUACAUACAAGUUUCUUUCCCUUGCAUCACAGCAUCCAAAAAUUGGAGGACCUGGUCUUGUAGGUAGAUGUGUAUCAUCAGACGGAUAUGCUGAGGAAUGGUUAAGGCCAGGUGAAGAAGAUCUUGUACAAAGGUUUGAUCCAUCAUCAUCACUCGAUACAAUUGGUUUCUUUAUAGCAAAGUUCAAUGUUGGGCCCAAAUAUACUUGAUAUAUCAUCAGGAAAUAUAAUUGGGAGCAACUUCACAAAGAAACAGUCAAGUAAACUCCUAAUAGUAGUAACUAGUCAUUCCGGUGCUAUUAUUGGUAGGUUUAGCAAGAUAGACUAAUCAAUAGUCCUGAUUUAACCGUUUAUCUUCUGUUUUGUCAUAGAAAGCCAUGUGCAAGGCCAUGAUGUUUAGAUUGAAAAGUGAUUAAUUUCAGACUAAAUUUGAAGGUAAGUGCCCUGAUGAGUUGUAUUCGACAGAGCUUGUAAUUUUUUAUCUAUCAGCAUACUUUCCGGGCC